GUAACGGUAGCUGUCGCUUCCGAUCCCUCAAUUGUCUCGGUUUGUUGACGUUUGCUGGAGUACAGCGGUAGUUAGUAACGGGGGGACGAGGGGGGGGGUCUUCCCGUUGUUUAAGGCGAGUCGUGCGAGAGUCAAAGAAGCUAGCCAGCUAGCUAGCUUAAAUGGGGUUUCGGGUAAAAAGAUGAUCGCCUCACUCUCUAGAGGAAGUUUGCUGGAUGAGGUUCUUCACGGGAGCUCUAACGAGCAGCAACUGGCAGCAUAUGUUUCCUGGGUGAACUCUCAGCUGAAGAGGAAACCAGGCCUGGAGCCCAUCACAGACCUCAGGCAUGACCUGCAGGAUGGGGUGGUGCUCACACAGCUAAUAGAGAUAGUUGCUGGGGAAGCGCUGGAGGGAGUGUAUGUGGCUCCACAAAACAAAGAGGAAAGCAGGAAGAAUGUGGAGCAAGUCUUGCAGUUCAUUUCCUCCAGACACAUACGCAUGCCACACAUAUCCGCAAGAGACAUUGUUGAUGGUAAUCUAAAAUCUGUAAUGAGGAUAAUUCUGGCACUGGCUGCCCACUUCAAACCCUCAGCCACCCACAGGGCUGCUACUGGAAGUGGGAGGAGCUUGACAAGAGGCUAUGCCAGCCACAACCCUCUAUCCACUGUAGCAUUAGCACAAGGUGCCGCUGCUGCACUGGUGUCUGCACGAUUUGAUGCCACACAGCCUGCACGUGUCACACAUAUCCACAGCGGCUGGGGGUUGGACGGGGAAAAGAAUGUGUGUGUUCGUGCACUGGUUGAGCAGUAUGAAAGAGGAGCUUCAGAUGAGCAGGACAGUUCUCAGCCUAGCAGCCUUCGCUCUGUCAGUCCACUGUCAUCUCCACGAGCUCCACCCAGCAGCGACUCAGACAGACAAUUGGGAGACCGCCAGCAACAGCAGAGCAGGGCUGAGUCAUCUCAUGCUGUGGUGGAGACGGAGUGGGAGGAUUCUCUCAGUGAAACUUUGGAGAUGGAGGUGCAGGAGACACGUAAAAUGGUGUCAGCUUUACAGGCUCUGCUGCUGCAUGGUUCACUGCCUGAGGAUGAGAAGGAUGUGUCUUUGAUUUUGGACCAGUGCAACACUGAACAGCAGCUGGUAGUCAUUCGCAGCCGUUUGGAUCAGAGUAUGGAGGAGGCUCGGGAGCUGAAGAGGGAACUGUUGCGCUGUAAGCAGGAGAUGAGAAACCUCCAGGGAGCCAAGGACGCCCAACAGCAGAGGCUGUGCACUCAGGAGGCCUCAAUACUGCAGAUGAAGCAAGAGCUUCUCAGAGCCAGUAUGACGAAGGAUGAACUCAACAACCAGAAUGCAGAGCUACAGUGGAAGCUGGAGGAAUGUAACAGACUAUGGGGCGAAUGCAAGAAGGAGAUAGGACAGAAGGACAGACUACUGCAGCAGCUCAAACACAAGCUUGAAGAAAGCCAAAAACAGCAGAAUGAAUUGCAAAGCGAGUUGGAUCAUAAAAACAGCAUGCUUCAGGAGCUAAUGAGCAGAGAUCUGCAACAGAUCCCCACUGGCACAGAAAACAACGGAUACUCUUACUCUGGAAAUCCAGCUCCUUCUGUGUCAGGCCAGGCAGAGGAGGUUCAGCUGCUCAGAGAUGCACUUAGGAGUUUGAGGAACAACUUCAGAGACCACGACCCACAGCACCAUACACUGGACACCCUGGAGCAGGGCAUAGUGUCACUCAUCGACAGACUGCAUGUUCUGCAUACACACAGGGGAAGGGGGAAAUCUCCAAGACGCAAAGGUCAACACUCAGAGUCUGACUCCUGGCCUUGCACAAAGGUUUGUCAGUCCCACAGUGGUUCUUCUGCUUCUACUAAAAUCCUUUAUUUCACUGGAAAAUCCCCAACACCUUCCAUGAUCAAUAUACCGAAGAGGCUGGGUGAGGUAACUCUCAAAGAUGUUAAGGCAGCUGUGGAUCGAGCGGGAAACUACAGGUACCACUUCAAGGCCCUGGACCCUGAGUUUGGUACUGUGAAAGAAGAGGUGUUCCUGGAUGGAGCAAUCGUUCCAGGCUGGGAAGGAAAAAUAGUGGCUUGGGUAGAAGAGGACCGUGGUGAUGAAAGGCCAUUGUAGGUUCAAGCUGAGGGAGCAUGACACAUACUGUCCGUACUCCUGGCUACUUUGAUCCCAGAAGCACAUCAAGACAGCUGUUGAGAAAAGAGGCAAAAGUGGACAAUUGUUUGAGAUUUGAGUUAUUAUAUACUGUAAGACUUGUCAGCAGGAGAUUUAGGUUUAUCAGCUGGUACUAAACCAUACUGAGCCCGACUCGCUCUGGAGAAUGUGUAAAUCUCCAAAUGGUGUCUAGAACAUCAUGAAACUCAGUGCCUUACAAAGAAAGCUGUUUCCAUCAUGUACUUUAUUAUUGUUUUUAUUGCCAGGCUGUAACUAUAGUAUCAAAGCCGGACUCAAACGUAGAAACAUUUAGAAUUAGAUUUCUAAAACCACAGUAGUGUUGUUGUUUGCAGGCCUGAGGUCUGUGUGAGGAAUUGGAAAAAAAAUUACAAAGAAAUUUAAAACUAUUCAAUAUCAGUUUUUAUUCCUUGUGCAGCAAUGUUGUCUUUAGAGAAACGCCACCAGAUUACAUGUUAGAAAUAUGUAUUAUCUAUCGUUCUUUAGCCCAGUUACAAUUCAGUCUUCAUUGUGGAUGUGAAGUGAAUUAUUUACCUUAGCAAGACAGGAAAAAAUGUU